AUGAAGGGGUUUUCAAGUUUAAUCUUCGCUACGAGCUUGCUGUCGACAUGCACAGAAUGUCUUCAGUUACAGCGGAGGUCGGACGGACCGGCGCGAGUGGUUGGUUUACCAAUUGAACGAAAGUUUGUAGAAGAUCCAGUGAAGAGAGACCGACUGCGGAGGAGAGCUGGCACCGUUCAAGCAAGCUUGGAUAAUGAGCAAACACUUUAUUUCGCCAACGCAUCUUUAGGAACACCUGCACAAACACAGCGAUUACACAUCGAUACGGGAAGCAGCGAUUUAUGGGUUAAUACGCCAGAGUCUAGUUUGUGCCAAGGGAGGACACGGCCGUGUCUCUUAGCGGGGUCGUACAGUGCGAAUGACUCUUCAACAUACGAAUAUAUUGGGAGCUACUUCAACAUAUCUUAUGUGGAUGGAUCAGGAGCGGCUGGAGAUUAUGUCGCGGAUACUUUUACCAUGGGGACAGCAACUGUGUCGCGAUUGCAAUUCGGGGUCGGUUACAGUAGUUCAUCUUCAGAAGGCAUUUUGGGUAUUGGAUACGAGAUCAAUGAGGUCCAGGUUGGGAGAGCUGGUCUGGCAAAGUACAAUAACUUACCGGCACAACUGGUUGCGGACGGUGCCAUCGCUUCCAAUGCCUACAGUUUAUGGCUGAAUGAUCUAGACGCCAGUACCGGGAACAUCCUUUUUGGUGGAGUAGAUACCGAGAAGUUCGAGGGGGAACUAACGACACUACCUAUUCAAGCUCAAUCAGGAGUUUUUGCCGAGUUUCUCGUUACUUUGACGGCAAUCUCACUCGGCGGAACGGUCAUCGCACGCAACCAAGCACAGGCAGUUUUGUUGGAUUCCGGAAGUUCUCUGACCUAUCUUCCAGACGCAAUAGCUGAAGCAAUAUUCGAGCAAGUUGGUGCACAAUACGAUUCCACCCAAGAAACAGCAUUUGUUCCUUGCUCGAUAGCUUCCAACAGCACAACCUUGGAUUUUACCUUUUCCGGCACAACAAUCAGGGUUGCUAUGGAUGAACUUGUCAUCCAAGUAACGUCGACCAACGGUCGCCCACUCACUUUCUCAGAUGGUACCCGUGCCUGCGUCUUUGGUGUCGCUCCAGCUGGUAGCAGCACCGCCGUUUUGGGUGAUACCUUUAUUCGAUCCGCCUACCUAGUCUAUGAUCUUGCCAACAACGAGAUCUCUAUUGCUCAAACCACGUUCAACGCUACAGCUACCAAUGUCCUUGAGAUCACUACUGGCUCUGACUCUGUACCUUCCGCGACGGCUGUCACCAAUCCAGUUGCUGCAUCACAGGGUUUGAACGAGGCGCCUGUCGCAGGAGUAGCGAGCCGUACGUCUACUAGAAACGUAGCGCAAUCAACACCUGCGCCUCUUGGUUUCGGCGCAAUGGCUGCAGUGGGAGCAGGGUUAUUUUAUGCUGCUAUGUAA